AUGACGGAGAAGGCGCCAGACGCGAGCUGGGCGGAGGCCGUGGAGAAGGAGAAGCCCGUUGCGGCCGAAGCGGCGCCAGCGGGGGCGCCGGAUGCAGCGGCCAAGGCGCCCCCUGCCGCGGGAGUCGACGACGACGGCCCGCCGCCGGGGUUCGGGUCGCCGAAGGCUUCCGGCACGGACACGAAGCUCGCGGGCGGGAUCGACAAGCUGAAAGUCGAGGAGGGCGCGGAGGCGGAGUCGAAGAAGGUCGAGGUGUCCGAGGGCACGACGGAGGGCCAGGCCCACCUGUAUCGCUCGGAGCUCCGCUGGGAGGACCUCAACCUCUCGGAGGACCUCCUGAAGGGCCUGUAUAAGGAAAUGGGUUUUGAGCGGCCGUCAAAGAUCCAGGCGCAAGCCCUCCCGCUGCUCCUGCACCCGCCGUACAAGAACCUCAUCGCGCAGGCGCACAACGGGUCCGGGAAGACGACGUGCUUCGUCGUCACGAUGCUCGCGCGCGUGGACCCCGCACUGGCGAAGCCGCAGGCGCUGUGCGCGUGCCCCACGCGGGAGCUGGUCGUGCAGAACCUCGAGAUCGUCCGGCUGAUCGGGAAGCACAUGGGCGGCGUGCGGGCGAUCUCCACGGCCGAGGCGGACGGCAUGGAGCGGUUCAAGACGCGCCGCCCGCCGCCGAUCGACGAGCAAAUCGUCGUGGGCACGCUCGGGCGGCUGCGCACGUGGUCCUCGCAGCUGCGGUGCCUCUCGUUCGAGGACAUCCGCGUGCUGGUCUUCGACGAGGCGGACCAGAUGCUUGGGCUCGAGGGACAGGGCAUGGACUCGGCGCGCAUGCUGAGCGACAUUCGCCGCAAGAGCAAGGACUUCCAGAUGCUGCUGUUCAGCGCGACGUUCACGGACACGGUCAUGCAGGUCGCGGAGCGCGAGAUCCGCGGCUCCGGGCGGCCCUAUGAGACGAUUGUGGUGAAGAAGGAGGAAUUGAGUCUCGACGUAAUCAAACAAUUCAAGGUUCGGUGCCCGGCGGACCCCGCGGCGGGCGCCGGCCCCGAGGACGCGAAGAUCAAGUUCCUCAAGGACAUCUUCCCGCUCGCGGAAAACCUGUGCCAGACGGUGGUGUUCGUGCGCGAGAAGGUCAUCGCAGACAGGCUCGCGGCGCAGCUCAAGGCGGACGGGUACAGCGUGUCGAACCUGCACGGCGGGUUCGAGAAGAGCCAGCGCGACCAGAUCGUCAAGUCGUUCAAGGACGGCCAAACCAAGAUCCUCAUCACCACGGACGUGCUUGCGCGCGGGUUCGACGUGUCGGCGAUCUCGCUGGUGAUCAACUUCCACCUGCCCACGGAGGGCCGCAACCGCGUCCCGGCGCCGGAGACGUACCUGCACCGCAUCGGGCGUUCGGGCCGGUUCGGCAAGAAGGGCGCGGCGUUCAAUUUGCUGCUUGACGAUGCGGAGGCCGCGGCGCUCGGGGUCAUCGAGCGGCACUUCAACCACCCGAUCAAGGAGGUGAAGUGCGACGACGAGGACUCGAUCCAGGAGAUCCUCAAGGAGGCGGGGCUGGCCUAG